CAAGCUUCUCCUGAAGAAAAUUCAAAUCCCUCCCCUCUCGCAAGCUCUCUCGAAAAACAAAUUCAAAUCCCCCGCCCAGUUCUCCCUAUAAAAUCUCACCACAACCCUUCAAUCUCUGCAACUCAAUCCAUAAUCCAAAAUCUAAAACCCAGAAAAAAACCCUAUUCUCCAUUACUCUCUCUGCAACCAAAAAUGCCUUCAAUCCCUGAAGAACCCCUUCUAGCCCCAAACCCAGAUCGAUUCUGUAUGUUCCCAAUCCAAUACCCUCAAAUCUGGGAAAUGUACAAGAAAGCCGAAGCUUCCUUCUGGACUGCAGAAGAGGUUGAUCUCUCCCAAGAUCUUCGUCACUGGAAUGAAACCCUAACUCACGAUGAGAAACACUUCAUCACUCACGUUCUUGCUUUCUUCGCUGCCUCAGACGGAAUCGUUCUCGAAAAUCUCGCUGGUCGGUUCAUGAAGGAAGUCCAAGUCGCUGAAGCUCGUGCUUUCUAUGGUUUCCAGAUCGCAAUCGAGAAUAUCCAUUCUGAAAUGUAUAGCCUCUUACUUGAAACCUACAUCAAGGAUUCUUCAGAGAAAGAUCACCUUUUUCGAGCAAUCGAAACAAUUCCUUGCUUGAAGAAGAAAGCCGAAUGGGCUCUCCGUUGGAUCGAUGGUUCAGAAUCAUUUGCAGAGCGGAUAAUAGCCUUUGCUUGUGUAGAAGGGAUUUUCUUCUCGGGAAGCUUCUGUUCAAUUUUUUGGCUCAAGAAGCGAGGAUUGAUGCCUGGUUUGACGUUCUCGAACGAGUUGAUCUCGAGAGACGAAGGGUUGCAUUGUGAUUUCGCGUGUUUGAUCUAUGGGUUAUUGAAGCAGAAACCGAGUGAGGAACGAGUCAAGGGAAUCGUUGCUGAUGCGGUGGAGAUUGAAACAGAGUUUGUUUGUGACGCGCUUCCGUGCGCGUUGGUGGGUAUGAAUGCGGAUCUAAUGAGUCAGUAUAUACAGUUUGUUGCUGAUCGGCUGCUUGGCGCUCUAGGGUGUGGGAAACUGUACAACGUUCAGAAUCCGUUUGAUUGGAUGGAGUUGAUCUCAUUGCAGGGGAAAACUAACUUUUUUGAGAAGAGGGUUGGGGAUUAUCAGAAGGCUUCGGUUAUGUCUAGUUUGAAUGGGAAUGGUGGGUCCCAUGUGUUUAAGAUGGAUGAGGACUUCUGAUCUACGGUUCUGAUGAUUGUAUUAUGUUGGUUAAAUUUUAUUUUUUAUCUUUAGUGUUUGUUUAGAAUCCUUCUUAUUGUAAUAUGGAACUAUGGUUGAUUUUCGGAUUGGUAUUUUGAUUUGAUCCAAUGGUAGAGAUAGUCUAUGCAGUAGGAAAAGAUGUAAAAGUGUAAAAGUAGGGGAAUUUUCUUAUUGACAUCUAUUAAGGUUUCAAAUAAUUUGUGAUCUAA